UUCUUUGGCCUUAAGUGAAACCCAAGAACAGAUGGAGCCAUUAUCACCUUCUACUGAGCUUGGAGAGAUUACAGUAGAGGAGCUGAAGGCCUACGAUGGAUCGAACCCGAACAAGCCAUUAUCGAUUGCAAUCAAAGGACAGAUCUAUGAUGUAUCACAAAGCAAGAUGUUUUAUGGACCAGGUGGGCCUUAUGCUUUGUUUGGUGGUAAAGAAGCCAGUCGAGCCUUGGCAACACUGUCUUUUGAGGAGAAAAAUUUCAGUGGUGAUAUCUCUGGUCUUAGCUCAUUAGAACUUGAGAACUUACAGUACUGGGAAAACAAGUUUAUGAACAAAUAUGUCAAGGUUGGAAUAAUUAAGAAAACUGAAACAGUAACAGAUCAUGUGUUUGUUUCUAGUCCUGUAAAGAUUGUUCCAUCUAUAGUUCAACAGGAGGAGGAGGAGCACCAAAUCAAAGGAUGUCUCUGUUGCUGGAGAUGAUGAGAGAGAG